AUGGCGCCGACGUACCGGCCCUACGCCGCCGAGUACGGGCGCGGCGACGCGAUGGUGGUCACCUACGGCGGCGGGGCCGUGGAGCGGAAGGCGCCGGCGAGGUGGGUGGCGGGUAUGGGGUCGUCGUCGGUGGCGUGGUUCGUGGGUGACCAGGCGGAGAUGAAGCGGCGGGGCAGGGUGGCCAGCUACAAGGCCUACACCGUGGAAGGCAAGGUGAAGGCCUCCAUCCGCCGGGGCCUCCGCUGGAUCAAGGCCAAGUGCUCCAACAUCGUCCAUCGCUAG